CUGCGCGGCGCAGGGAUUUAGGCCCAGCCCGCCCGAACUGGCCUUGUGGGGGACCUGCGGGAGGUUCGCGCGGGAGGGCCAACCCGGCCAGGGUCCCGGGAGCUCGCAGAAACCGACCGCGCUCCCAGCCCGCCCGAAACCCAUGCUCCGGGGCUGGCCCGAGCUGUGGCUGGAGGAGGGGUCCGGCUCUGCAUGGCCCCGGCUGCUGCUAUGACUUCUUUGCCACUCAGUGUCAAAGUGGAGGACUCCGCCUUAGGCAAGCCUGCCGGGGGAGGCGCUGGCCAGGCCCCCAACGCUGCUGCGGCCACGGCAACCGCCAUGGGAGCAGAUGAGGAGGGGGGCAAACCCAAAGUGCCCGCCUCGCUCCUGCCCUUCAGCGUGGAGGCCCUCAUGGCCGAUCACAGGAAGCCCGGGGCCAAGGAGAGCGUCCUGGUGGCCUCCGAGGGGGCUCAGGCAGCGGGUGGCUCGGUGCAGCACUUGGGCACCCGGCCCGGGUCGCUGGGCGCCCCGGACGCGCCCUCCUCUCCGCGGUCUCUUGGCCAUUUCUCAGUCGGGGGACUCCUUAAGCUGCCAGAAGAUGCUCUGGUGAAGGCCGAGAGCCCCGAGAAGCCAGAUCGGACCCCGUGGAUGCAGAGUCCCCGCUUCUCCCCGCCCCCAGCCAGGAGGCUGAGUCCCCCGGCCUGCACCCUACGCAAGCACAAGACCAACCGCAAGCCAAGGACGCCCUUCACCACCGCGCAGCUGCUAGCUCUGGAGCGCAAGUUCCGCCAGAAGCAGUACCUGUCCAUUGCCGAGCGCGCCGAGUUCUCCAGCUCGCUCAGCCUCACCGAGACGCAGGUGAAGAUUUGGUUCCAGAACCGCCGCGCCAAGGCCAAGAGACUGCAGGAGGCCGAGCUGGAAAAGCUGAAGAUGGCCGCGAAGCCCAUGCUGCCGCCCGCCGCCUUCGGUCUGUCCUUCCCUCUCGGCGGCCCUGCCGCGGUAGCCGCAGCCGCGGGCGCUUCUCUCUACAGUGCCUCCGGCCCUUUCCAGCGCGCCGCGCUGCCCGUGGCACCCGUGGGACUCUACACCGCCCACGUAGGCUACAGCAUGUACCACCUGACAUAGGUGGGUCCAGAGUUACCUGUCUGUGGUGCCAACCCCUCCCCCCCAGCCACCUCUUCUAGCAGCGGG